CACAGUCACUGGAGACGCCCCCCAUGAGUGGCCGGGCCUGCGUUCAGUAGGGUUGUCUCGGUGCUACUGCCGGGAUGGCGUUCAUGGAUAAGCCGCCGUCCAAUAAGCUGUAUCUGGAUGAUACAAUGCCGCUCACAGGCGUCAUAGAGGCCAGCCAGAACCUGCAGUCCCACACUGAAUACAUCAUACGAGUCCAGCGAGGGGUAUCCAUGGAAAACAGCUGGCAGAUUGUUAGAAGAUACAGUGACUUUGACACGCUCAACAAUAACCUGCAGAUCUCAGGUCUAAGUCUACCUCUUCCUCCCAAGAAACUCAUUGGAAACAUGGACCGUGAAUUUAUUGCUGAGCGACAGAAAGGGCUCCAAAACUAUCUGAACUUUAUCACCUCCAAUCAUAUAUUGAGUAAUUGUGAAGUUGUAAAGAAGUUCCUUGACCCGAAUAACUAUUCAGCAAAUUACACAGAAAUUGCUUUGCAGCAAGUGUCCAUGUUCUUCCGAUCAGAGCCCACAUACGAGGUGAUGGAGCCCCUUAAAGACAUAGGCUGGAGAUUACGGAAAAGGUAUUUCCUAAUGAGAUGUAAAAAUCAGCCGAAAGACCAUCUUGUCUUAAGCUGGGCUGAUCUGGGUCCUGACAAAUUUUUACAAGAUAAAGAUUUUCAGUGUGCGAUAAAACUCCUGCCAUCGUGGUCUCAUCCGUAUAUAUACCGAGUGACGUUUGCCACUGCUAACGAGUCAUCUGCACUUGUGAUUAGACCAUUCAAUGAAAAAGGGACUCUGAAGGAUCUGAUCUAUAAGGCCAAACCUAAAGAUCCCUUUCUGAAGAAAUAUUGUAAUCCAAGGAAAAUCCAGGGACUUGAGCUCCAGCAAAUCAAAACCUUUGGGCGACAGAUACUAGAGGUACUAAAGUUCUUACAUGAUCGGGGCUUCCCAUAUGGACAUCUCCAUGCAUCUAAUGUUAUGCUGGAAGGAGAGAACUGUCGACUGAUGGACCUGGAGAAUUCUUUGCUCGGACUGCCGUCAUUUUACAGACCGCACUUCUCACAGUUCAGAAAAAUCAAUACGUUAGAAAGUAUUGAUGUGCACUGCUUCGGUCAUUUACUGUAUGAGAUGACCUAUGGAAGACCUCCUGAUUCCAUACCCGUGGACCAGUUCCCACCUGCACCGUCCAUGUCCGUGGUGUCUGUUCUGGAGUCCAUUCUGUCCUGCGAGACCUGUAAAUCUGGCAUGCCUUCCGUGUCCCAGCUCCUACAGAUGCCAAUCAUUCAUGAGACACUGAUGAGUGCUGAAAAACCUCAAUUUAAGAUUCCUACCAAGUUAAAAGAAGCCCUCAAAACAGCCAAAGAAUGUAUAGAGAAGAGACUUGUAGAAGAGCAGAAAUUGAUGUACCAGCACAGACGACUGACUCGAGCACAGUCACAUCACGGGUCAGAGGAAGAAAAGAAAAAGAGGAAAAUUUUGGCAAGAAAAAAGUCAAAGCGCACAAACUGCGAUUCUGCAGAGGAGCAGUCGAUAAAAUGCAACAACUCAAAUAAUUCAGGCUCUGGAACGAGUUCUCCUCUCACCUCACCGUCAUCUCCUACCCCACCUUCUACAACAGGUAAUGCAACAUCUCUGAUACCAGCACCUCCGCCGCCGCCACCACCACCACCACCACCUGCGCUUCUCCCUCCUCCAAGCAAGGAUGUGCCAACGCAGUCGGUCACCCCUUCGGUGAAUGGUACAGACCGUGGAGCCUUACUCAAUUCCAUCAAAAGCUUCAAGAAAGGAGUGCUGAAAAAGGCUGCGACCAAUAACCACACCUCCCCACGGAUCAGCUGAAAUCGGCAAUUGAUCUGCAUCUGGGCGCAGGCACCAAAUGUGGGGUGUUAUAUAUAUUUAUAUAUGUGUGUAUAUAUAU